CUUUCCUCCUCUUGGUUCCACACCCGACCUUCACCUGCAGGCAACGAUGGCGGACUCGUACGAGAAAUUCGAGACCAGGAAGAGAAAUCCAGAUCCAAAAACCGCAGUUCUACUAGUAAUCGACAUGCAGAACUACUUCGCAUCAAUGGCGAAACCAAUCCUCCCAGCAAUCAAUACCACAAUCGAUCUCUGCCGAAACCUCUCGAUCCCAAUAAUCUUCACGCGCCACAACCACAAGUCCCCUUCCGACGACGGAAUGCUUGGAGAAUGGUGGAACAAUGAUCUGGUCAUGGACGGAACACCCGAGGCAGAGCUGAUGCCGGAGCUCAACCGUAAAAGCGACGAUAAAAUUCUUGAAAAGAACACCUACAGUGGCUUCAGAGGGACUGGAUUGGAGGAGUAUUUGGUGGAAAGAGGGAUAAAGGAGGUUAUAAUUACAGGGGUUAUGACGAAUUUGUGCUGUGAAACGACGGCGAGGGAGGCGUACGUGAGAGGAUUUAGGGUUUUCUUUUCGACGGAUGCGACGGCGACUUCGGCAAGGGAGUUGCAUGUGGCUACGAUCAAGAAUAUGGCUUAUGGGUUUGCUUAUUUGGUUGACUGUAAGAGGCUUAAUGAGGGUUUCUCUAAGAACUGAUGAGUGAUUGAGGUAAAUAAAGCCUUGGCGUGGCUCUUUGGGGGGUUUUGAGGGCUUGGACCAAGAGAGUUGCAGAGAGAGAGAGAGAGAGAGAGAGAGAGAGCACAUCUGUGAACUGUAAUCUGUG